GAGAUUUCGUGUCUUUCCGUGUGUGUGCUCACUCUUUGCGCCGUCCGGGGCUCUCGGGGCUCUCUGGCAGUGGCUGGCUAUGCUCCACGAACCAAGAUAUUUUCUGCUGUGCGAGAUUGAUGAGCUGGCUAGUCAUGUGAUCACCGACCCCACUGUAAUAAUCUGCGAUCUUCUUACAUUAUAUAUGUGGAAUCGCAUUUCUGCAGUGAUAGCGAGAGUGAAGAAGAAGAAGGAGGAGGAGGAAGAUGGAGAAAGAGAGAUCGGUGUUCAUAGUAGGGAUUGAUGAAAGCAAGCAGAGCUUCCAUGCUCUUGAGUGGGCGUUAGAUAGUUUCUUCGCUCCUUUUUCACAAGAAACUCUUCCCUACAAGCUUGUCAUCCUCCAUGUCAGGCCCGUUGUUUCUUCCUAUGUUGGCAUGGCUGGCCCUGGUGCUAGUGAUAUCUUGCCAAUGGUAGAGCAUGAUCUACAUGCUUCAGCUACCAAAGUUACAGAAAGAGCUAGAGAGAUCUGCGUUUCAAAAUCAGUUACCGAUUUUACUACUGAAGUGAAGGAAGGCGAUGCCAGGAAUGUCCUUUGCGAGGCAGUUGAAAGGCAUCAUGCAAGCAUGUUAAUUGUGGGCAGCCAUGGAUAUGGAGCAAUCAAAAGGGCUGUGUUGGGGAGCGUAAGUGAUUACUGCGCUCAUCAUGCUCACUGCACCGUGAUGAUUGUUAAGAUGCCCAAGGUUUAAGCACUAGACUGGUCGUUGCGAACCAGCUCUGUGCUUCAUCUGCUGUUCAUUGCAAGCUCUUUUGUAAUCCAUAUGUAUCGAUUUCGCACGACUUGGACGUAAUUUUUGAUGAUUACACGUUGAUCUUCGCAGACCAUUUGAGACAUACUUUAAAUUUUAGUAGCUUCAUGAAAUCUAUUUGUGAA